AUGGAAGCAGACAAGGUUAGAGAAGCGCCUCAAACCACCAAGGAUGACCUCGAGGAGCACCCCUCUUCAAAGGACCCAUCUGCCGAGAACUUGCAAGAGCACCGUAUCUCUGCAGCUCCCUUGGAGUUUUCCAUCUCUGAGACCCCUUUAGGAGCCCGUACCUCCGAGUCCCCUCUGAAGCCAUCUACUUCCGGGACCCCUUUAGAGACCCACACCUCCAAGACCCUUCGGGAAUCGUCCAUCUCUAAGACUCCUUUAGAGCUCCAUACCUCUGGAUCCUCUGUGGUACCAUCCACUUCAGAGACCCCUGUUUCUGAGGCCUCCGUGGAGUUUCACAGCUCCAAGAGCCCAGAGAAGCACCUUUCUUUUCAACUCUCAUCAGAGGGCCCUGUCUCUGUGUCUUCCCCUGAAGAUGAUGCCCUGAAGGAAGGCCUCUACUCCAAGUCUUCCUACAGUGAGGUCCCAAGGGCAAGGAAGUCCACUCUGGAGGCCCCUACACUCGAGGCCCUUAAAAAGCACUCCCUUUCAGGUCAUUCAGAGCAGGUCCAGAAGGACACAUCUGCAGGGCAGGAGGGAGAGGCGGAAGAGGACAAGGAAGGGGAGGGUGCCCGCGACAGCACCGCCCACACACCCCAGCCUAGCUGCCAGCUGAGCAAGAAGGUCUACCCAGUAGUCCCCGCUAAGCAGGCAGAGCUGGCGGAAGUGGCUAAUGCAAAGCACAGACAGCCGCCCGGUGCUCAGGUGUGUCAUCUUUUCCAAUGGGAGAAGCAUGCAGCCCUGAGUGCCAUCCAGACAGGUCUCUACAUUGGCUGGCGCUGCCCCCAUUACCUAUGGGACUGUUUCCAGAUCGGGGAGGAGUCCAAGUGCUUUUGUGGACACUUACUGAAGGAGCACCAGAUCAUCUCAGACAUCUCCGUGCCUUGUGCUGUAAGCCAGUGCCGCUGCCUCAUGUUCUGCUUCAUCCCGUCACGGCCAGAGGAGGUGGACGAGUUCUGGGUCACGAGACGGGCCACCUACGACCCCAAGGCCUGGAGGGCCCAGUGCCGCUGCAAGCACAACCACGAAGAUCACAGAGCCACUGGGUCCCACCCCUGCAGACGCUACGGCUGUUGCUGCAACUGCUUUGAGUCUAACUUCCUCUGUGCGGCCUGUGACCGGCGCUGGGAGGAGCACGAGACUUUCUUUGAGACUGAGGAGACCCGGCGGCGAGGAAGGAGGCCUCACGGGGCAGAUAAUGUCUCCACCUGCCGCAGGCAUUUGUGA